AUGGCUGACUCGGACGGCGAGUACGCCUCCGACGAUGAGCUCAAGAGGAAUGGAAAGAGGACAGCGGAUGGGCGCAGCAAGCAAACCAAGGCGUCCUGGGAAGAUGUAAAGCGCUCCUGGGAUACCGUCUUGGAAACAGCAGACAGCGGCCUCUCCAUCGCAGAGAUUCGGGAAGCCGAGAAGCGGCGUCGCCUUCUGCGCGACACGACACCUCUUCAGCGUGGAAUUAUCCGCCAUCUGAUGCUUGUGCUCGACAUGAGUUUCGCCAUGGCCGACAAAGAUCUGCUACCAAACCGUUACCGAGUCGUCCUAAAUAACGCCAUUGGCUUCGUACGCGAGUAUUUCGAGCAGAAUCCCAUCAGUCAGCUAGGCAUCGUGGGAAUGCGCGAUGGCAUUGCUGUGCGAAUAAGCGACCUGAGCGGGAAUCCGGCCGAGCACAUCGAAAAGUUGAUGCAAUGGAGCGAGCAACAAGACCCCCAAGGAAACCCGAGUUUACAGAAUGCACUUCAAAUGUGCCGAGGUGCUCUAUACCAAACGCCGUCACAUGCCACGCGCGAAGUACUGAUAAUCUACGGUGCCCUCGUCUCAAUCGAUCCGGGCGAUAUACACGACACCAUCAACGACCUCGUAGCCGACCGCAUCCGCGUCUCGGUCGUUGGCCUCGCCGGCCAAGUCGCCAUCUGCAGCGAGCUUUGCAAGCGGACGAACAACCACGACGGCAACUACAGCGUCGCCGUAGACGAGGUGCACCUCAAGGAGCUCUUCUUCGCCGCCACCACUCCGCCCGUCACCCGCACGCCUGAGCAAAACACCGCCAGCCUGCUCAUGAUGGGCUUUCCCAGCCGCACGCUUGCUCCGAAAGACCAUGUCAGCUUCUGCGCCUGCCACGCGAAGCCCACGCGCGAGGGGUACACCUGUCCGCGCUGCGGAAUUAAAGUGUGCCGGCUGCCGAUCGACUGUCCGAUCUGCAAGCUGACGCUCAUCCAGAGCACGCACUUGGCGAGGUCGUACCAUCAUCUGUUCCCGCUCAAGGUGUUUGUGGAGGUUCCGUGGUCUCAGGCGUAUAGGUCGACGGCGUGCUACUCGUGCCUGACACCCUUUCCUGCUAGGCCAAGGGAUUCAGUGGCGGCAGCGCCAGCAGUGUUAGGUGGGAGAGCCGGAGCUAAAGGUAGCGGGAAACAACAGGACGGCGAACAGAAAAAUCCAAAACCGGAACUCAAGGGCGUCAGCGAAAGCGGGCGGUAUGCUUGCCAGGUAUGCGGAAAUCAUUUCUGCAUAGACUGUGAUGUCUUUGCCCACGAGACUAUUCAUAAUUGUCCUGGGUGUCAGAGCGAUACGAGGGAUCUGGAGAAGGAUACGGCAGUAGCAGUACCAGAGGGCGGCCCUACACCCAUGGUGAUGGAUUCCUAG